ACCGAUAACCCCACCUCACGAUAUCCCAACAAAGAGACAAAAUCGAGAGGAAAAAAAAAAAUGCAUCACACACAAAACGUUGAUCCGAGCAUGGUAACCCGGCGGAGUAUGGGAACCAGACAGAGGGUCUCCAGGGCCUGCGAUAGAUGCAACCAACUCCGCACCAAGUGCGAUGGGCAAAAGCCAUGUGAGCAUUGUUUGGGUGAGAUCACCAUCCAGCUAUUUCCCCUUGGGGAGCUUCGAUCUUAGGGAGAGGUAUUAAUCUGACUUUUCCCCUUCCCUUUCAUUAGUUUUUGGACUGCAGUGCGAGUACAAUCGGGAGCAGAAGAAACGUGGAAAAGCCUCUGUGGUUAGCAACUCAAAGCAAAGACGCUCUAGCAGUACCUCUCUCGAGGGUUCACAUCGACCGAACGGCAAUCGCAUCCCAACCACGCCUAUAAACACUUCAAUCCAGGCUCAUGAUAGCUCCUCCAGCUCGCGAUCGCCUGUAUCACUGCCAACAUCGCCGCUUUAUCACCAUAUAGGCACUCCCGGGGAUAGAGAUUGUUUCCCAGGGGAUUAUGUCUGCAUGCCGUCCGGUACCCAAUCACCACAAUCCCGCACAUCGACCCAUCAACAAUAUUUCAAACAAGAGCCCGACUCGACUCUAAUCUCUUUCGCAAGUAAUUGUAUCAACGAGAAGGGUAGAAACGACCCAGCAAUGAGCUCGCAGCAACCCCCAAUGUUCCAGACUCCAGAUUGGACUGGUCCUGCAUAUCAGCCUUACUGCCGGGGGUCCGACAUAUUCGACCCCUCAAAGAUUUCGCCUUCCAGCGUGCUCCCGAUAAACCACCAAGUUUUACCUUACGUACCCCUCUGCGCCGGCUGCCAAGUGAACCCAGCUCUGCGAUUAUACCCGGGCUCGCUGCUCUGGCUUCCGCAGUAUGGUUACUCAUCGACGGCCCCCCGAAACUCCUCCGUCAGCACUGCUUUGGAAGAUGAAGCGGAUGCUUGCUUGGCCGGACGACACAAGGCGGUAAUGGAGGGCGCUUGGGACACUGAAGAUAUUUCUGGGAGGACAUCUUCGCUUCACUCGUUAGAUGUGCAGUUGGGUUGUGUGGAUGAUAGGUGAUUGGGCGGGGGUUUGAUUUUCAUUUGGCUUUUUCAAAGGGCGGUUUUUCUUCUAUUUUGUAUAGUGCAUGAGAGGUCCUUGUGGGAAGAAGGGAGAUGGAAAACUAAGGAGAGGCAUUACCCCAAGGAAGGCUCAAUGGGGUUCUGUAAAUCUACUCCCAAACUGCUGCUGGCAGAAGUACAAAGUAAUUCGCUUUUCCUAUGUUUUCUGUAUAGAUGAAUAGAGAGCUUCAGAACUGGC